AAUAACGCAACUUCCGGGUUACGUCGGAAGCGACGUCACUUCAACGCGGUUUUGGGAAAGUACCGGCGUUUGCCAAAAUGGAUGUCAAGAAAGAGCCACACAAACGCUACUUCUGCUCGUUUCCCGGCUGCUCGGUCGCUUAUAACAAACAGUGGAAGCUGGACGCUCACUUGUGCAAACACACCGGGGUGAAGCCGUUCUCCUGUGAGCGCGAGGGCUGCGGUAAGUCCUUCUGCUCCGAGUAUCACCUGGCGCGGCACGAGCUCAGCCACACCGGGGCGAAGCCUUUCCUCUGCACCGUAGAAGGCUGCUCGGAGGCCUUCACCACCAACUCUAACCUGAACAGACACGUCAGCCGCAUUCACAGCCGGGACCACAAGAAGUACGUCUGCAAACACGACGGCUGCGGGCUCGAGUUCAGGAAGCACAAGCAGCUGAACUCCCACGUGUGCGAGCAGCACGCUCAGCAGCCUCCGUACCAGUGUUCCUUCGAAGGCUGCCAGAUGCGAUUCGCCUUCCCCAGUAACCUGAAGAGACACGAGAAGGUGCACAAGGGAUACCCCUGCCAGGAGGAGGACUGCACCUUCACGGGGAGGACCUGGACGGAGCUGCUGAAGCACAGGAAGGAGCACCACAGGCGCGUUGUCAAGUGCGAUCAGUGCAACAAGGAGUUCAGGGACUCCUGGUUCCUGGAGCAGCACCGGCACGUCCACUCCGAGAUGAGAGUGGUCUUCAAGUGUCCCAGAGACGGCUGCGACAGGUCGUACACCACGCUCUUCAACCUGCAGAGCCACAUCGGCUCCUUCCACGAGAACGUGCGCCAGUUCGUCUGCGCCCACGAAGGCUGCGGGAAGACGUUCGCCAUGAAACAGAGCCUCCAGAGACACACCGUCAUCCAUGACCCCGAGAGAAAGAAGCAGAGGAGGCCUAACCGUAAAAGAUCCCUGGCUUCUAGGUUGAGUGGCUAUAGUGACACGAAGAGAGUGGUCUGCAAGAAGAACCAGAAGUCUGAUUGUCAGCCAGAGUUCUCAAAGGAGAAAACAGUCCAGUCGGAUUCUGUGGAGUUGGUGUCCCUCCUGCAGGACACGUCUUUGUUGUGCAGUCCUGCUGUGGACACACACGAACUCACUAAAGCUCUGACUGCACCUUUAACGGUGUAGUUACAUAGAUGAAGUAUUGCCAUUAUUGCGAGGGCAAAAUGUCGUUAAGAUCGUGUGCUCAGUGUCAUUUUUUCUGGAAGUUUUUGUUUGUUUUGGUUUCUGUUUACAAUUGUAACAUUUAUUUCUGUACGGGGGAAAUGUUUGUUUUCAUUAGCCAAAAAUUCCAGUUUUGUUUUAUUUUCUCUAUUUGCUUUAAGCUGUUAUUGAAGAAGGGAUUUGGUCUCAUUUCACUGGAGAUAAAAUGAAGGGCAUGUUCAUAUAU